AUGGAGGCUGUGUAUCUGGUAGUGAAUUUGGCGGGCCUGGUGCUGGACAUGCUGACCUUGGUGUUGGAUCUCAACUUCUUGCUGGCAUCCUCCCUCCUGGCUUCCCUGGCCUGGCUCCUGGCCUUCAUCUACAACCUGCCGCACACGGUACUGCCUAGUCUUCUGCACUUGGGCCGAGGUGUCCUGUUUUCACUGCUGGCCUUGAUGGAAGCCUUGGUUCCUUUCACCUUUGGGGGCUUGCAGGCCUUGUGUACUCUGCUGUAUAGCUGCUGCUCUGGCCUUAAGAGCCUGAAGCUCCUGGGGCACCUGGCAUCUCAUGGGAAACUAUGGAGCUGGGAAAUACUGCACAGGGGUAUCCUCAAUGUGGUCUCCAAUGGCCAUUCUUUGCUGCGCCAGGCCUGUGACAUCUGUACUAUUGCUAUGGGCCUGGUGGCCUAUGUGAUCAACAGCCUGGUCAACAUCUACCUCAUUGGCACUCAGAACCUCUUCUCCCUAGUGCUGGCCCUCUGGGAUACAGUUACGGGCCCUCUGUGGAGGAUGAUGGAGGUAGUGGCUGCCUUCCUGGCCCAUAUUUCCAGCAGUGCUGUGGCCAUGGCCAUCCUCCUUUGGACCCUCUGCCAACUAGUAUUGGAACUGCUGGCCUCAGCUGCCCGACUCCUGGCCAGCUUUGUACUUGUCAAUCUCACUGGCCUAGUGUUACUGGCUUGUGUGCUGGCAGUGACGGUGACUGUGUUGCACCCAGACUUCACCCUGAGACUGGCCACCAGAGCACUCAGUCAGCUUCAUACCCGGCCAUCCUACCGUCGACUGCGAGAGGAGGUUGUGAGGCUGACUCGCCUAGCCCUGGGCUUGGAGGCCUGGCGCCAAGUGUGGAGCCGCAGCCUAAGGUUGGCAAGCUGGCCAUACCGGGGAGGGGCACCAGGGGCCCCUCAGGGUGGCCCUAGAAGGGUAUUCUCAACCAGGACCCAGGAACAGGACACUCUUUCUGAAGCAGGGCCCAGAUCAGAGGCAGAAGAGGAGGAGGUCAGUACCAUAAGAGUGGCACCUGCCCGGGGCCGGGAGAGGCUCAAUGAGGAAGAGUCUUCAGCUGAGCAAGACCCGUGGAAGUUGCUAAAGGAGCAAGAGGAGCGGAAGAAGUGUGUCAUCUGCCAGGACCAGAGAAAGACUGUGCUGCUUCUGCCCUGCAGGCACCUGUGCUUGUGCCAGGCCUGCACUGAAAUCCUGAUGCGCCACCCUGUCUACCACCGCAACUGCCCACUUUGCCGCCGGGGUAUCCUGAAGACCCUCAAUGUCUACCUCUGA